AUGUCGUCCACGCAACGGCCGACGCGACGGAGAAGCGCGAGACACGCUUUUGACGAGGAUGAGGCGGGGCCCGUGAAGAAGGCGAAGACGGAUGGGGCGGGUGCAGGCGGUGUGGGCGCGAAGCAGAAUGGAAGGGCGAACGGCGCGACGGCGAAGACGGCGAAGGCCGCGUACGACGAGAACGAAGACGGCUUUACCUUCUCGCGAACGCGGUCGAAGAAGAAACAGGCAACGAACAGCACCGUGAGCGCAGCCGCGGACCCCACUCCAGCGGCGGACGCAGCGCCAGCAAAGCCGAAGCCUUUGAGACGGAAAAAGGACCCCAUCCCCGAAUCAGCGCCUGCCCCUGCGCCCAGCGAGAACGGACUCAAUCCAAAAAGGCGGCGGUCAGCGCGUCUGUCAGGCGAUAAAGACCAGAUCACUACGCCUGCACCAGAAAACCAGCCGAAGCGCGCGAAGAAGACGGCACAUCAGGCGCCUCCUGGCGAGCAGGACCGUGCCGUCAGUGUAGAGCCGGUAGGCGAUGGCGAACAAUUGAUUGUGGAGAAGAAGCGCGAUGCGACCAAGAUUGCGCUUCCAUUCGCAGACACCCCCAUCAUACGGCGCAAUAAGGAGAUGCGAAAGGGCAGUGGAAAAGACGGGCAUAGACGGAGCAGUACAGGGAUGCGGGGGAGACGCGCAUCUUCUCUAAUAGAUUCUGGAACAUCGAAUGGUGGGCACGCUUCCGUUACCAAUGACCAUGUCAAGGCAGCGGACACGAAGAUUUUGGAAUCUGUCGAGGCUGACUUCUGGGAUGGUACAGCUGUACCGCAUGCAGAGGUCGAGACGCAGGACUUUUACAAGCAUAUUGAACAGAGUCUACCGGAGCCAAGACGCAUGAAGCAACUGCUCACUUGGUGCGGGUCAAGAGCAUUGCCUGAGAAGCCGUCAGGUGGCAACCCGGAUACAAAUGCAAUUCUGGCUGCUCGAGCGAUACAGCAGGAGAUUUUGGACGACUUCGCAAAUAAAUCGGAGAUGACGGACUGGUUCAGUAGGGACGAGUCAGGAGACGCGGUCCUGGUCAAGAAGCCGAAUCCCCGAAACAUACAGAACGCCGCAAAGUUGCUAGAGCUCGAAGCAGAGGUGCAACGACUACAAGAGGAAAAGCGCUCCUGGGAAGCGCUCGUUAACGCCUCAAGCCCCGAGCAGCCCCCAGCAACAGCAGGAGCCGAGCGCUAUCCGAAAGCUUCGCAAUCGACGACAUCCAUAGAUCCCUCACUACUCGACGAUCUGUCUCAAGUAGCAAUCCUCGAUACUUUGAACUCGGCCUCCAAGCCCUCACUGGAUUCAACAGCCGACCAGCAGCCGUCAACGUACGCGUCUAACAUAACAACAGACGCUUUAGAAGCCAGACUAAAGCAUAUCACCACGUCCCUAGAACCGACCGUCGACCUCUUCGCCGACGGCGUGCACAGAAUAGCACAGUAUCGGCUUGCAGCCGAGCGUGUGGCGGACCGAAUACUCGGUGUUGCGGCUGAGCGACUGGAGAAGAGAGAACAGGACAUCAAAGAGGGGAGUGGAACUGAGGAUAUCGGCACGGGCGAUGUGCUGAGGGCUUUAAGCGGCGUGCUGAACGAGCAAAGGUAA